GUUAAGUAUAGCAAUCACAUAAUACUCUGUCUCUACCACCGAAAGCUUUAUAUAGAACUGAUACAUCUAGAUUACUGGCUAGCUACAACUCACCAGUUCCUCAUCCCCUGUUACCUUCUUAUCAGCAUGGAUUCCAAUGCCAUUUUCCUUACCUGGGAUACACUUCCGUUAGAAAUUGUUGAUAUGAUUUUCUCUCAUCUACUGCUUCCCCUAGUUGGUGUAUUGAUGAAAUCGGAGAAUUUCACCCUCGCUUUUGUGGCGCGAAGACGUUACUACUCGAACAUUGAAUUGAACUUCUGCGACUCGUUAGGUAGUUCUGUCCAUCGUAUGGAUGAUAACUCCCUUCACAUGGAGCCUUCUGAGUUUGAGGCGUUGGCAAGUAGCGAUCUAUUAGACCAGCUUCGAAUUGAAAAGCUUUCCAUUUAUGUUCAAAAGGAGAUCAAAGAUUAUAGAUUCCCCCACGAAGAAGCGCUCAACAAAAUUUCCUCAAUUGUGACCGAUGUCUCGCUAACUUUUGCGAUUUAUGGAUAUAACUCGAUGUUUGACUGGGCCUGUUUGCCAUCCUCGCCUUUGGUCCAAAGGUGCAUCCAAGAAAUAUCCGUCCAAUGCGGACCAAUUGAUCCGAACAUUCCACCUUUGCCCAACUUGCGCAAGCUUGAUAUUAAAGGUGACUAUUCAUAUACAACCAAUAUCGACACUCUGCCGGUUCGUUUUCCACUAAAUCUCCAAGAAUUUGUACUUCGCGACUCUCAUGGGCUGUUAUCAGUGUUUGCCAACCUCCCUUCAACUUUACAAAGGUUUGAGAUAGUGAAGGCCCGGUAUUUUUCCAUUGACGACUUUAUCAAGUUAAAGUUACCAAAUUUGAAAUAUUUGCUGUUGAGAGAAAUACUCAGCAUGACAGAAAUCAAUGAGCUAUUUGACUUACCCUCGCUGUUGGAGAAUUUAGAGCUAUGGUGGAUUGACCCGUAUUGGGAACUGGACCAGCCGUGGGAACUGGAUUUUGAUAGUUUUGAGCGACGUCAAUUACCUCUGGCAUUACAGAAAUUAUCCAUCACCAAUUGCCCGUUGAACAAAUUUCGCGUGGAUAUCUUCCCGGAUUGCUUCAAAGAGUUGAUAAUAAACACUACGGAGCUCACAUCAUCCGAAAUCCGUAUGCUCGAGUUUCCUCCAAGUUUGGUUUCCUUACUGGUUGCACACGCUUAUUUAUCGUCGCUAGAUUUCGUCAACUCAUUACCGGGAUCUUUAAAAUCUCUCAACCUCAGUAAAAAUGAUUUCGGUUUUUUGAAAGAAACAGAUGAAGAUGCGGAUACAGCCAGAUCAUACCAAAUCAAUUUCCCCGAAAGCCUCCAAAAACUUAAUCUCGAAGAAAACGGUGGGUUAUUUACCCUGUAUUCACUGGAAAACUUUAUCUUCCCUCUAAGCUUGACUGAUUUGAAUCUCAGUGGAACAAAUUUUCGUUCAAUAAAGAAAUUAAACCUUCCACUGCUUCAAAUUCUCAACUUACUGUCCAAUAAUUUGAUCUCAGUCGAAGAACUCGACAUCCCACCAUCAUUGACCUAUUUAAACUUGAGUCGCAAUAAACUUCAAAAGUUUUCGAAGACGCUACCUGACAGCGUUGAAUUCAUGUCGCUUGAGCAUAACCAAUUGAGCGAACUAAUGGACUUCCAUAUUCCGGUGAAUUGUACCGAACUUACACUCUCGCACAAUCCUCUUCAUAGGAUCCAAUUUACCAACGCAGAUAAUCCGGGUUUGAAGCUCCAGGAUUUAAACUUGGAUAAAAUUUCUGUCACCACGCUUAGUGACAUCUCUCCCCUCCCUCAAUAUCUCACACGCCUAACUAUAAGCGGCCCGGGCGUAUCCUCCCUUUCGGGAAUCCAGUUGCCUGUGGGGUUGAACCACCUCAAAGCCACCUAUAGUAAGAUAACCUCAUUAGAAAACGUUGAGUUUCCACCACAUUUGGAAACGUUAGAUCUCCAGUAUAACCAAAUAUCUAGCUUGGCAAAUGUCCAUUUUCCAAAAAAUCUUCUCUCGUUGGAGCUUGAUGAUAACAGGAUUACGUCAAUUGAUGCCAUUCAACUUCCUCUUAAGUUGAAAUUAUUGAAUCUUAGGAAGAACGCAAUUAGCGCGAUCAACGAAUUGCAGCUACCGGACUCCCUCGAAAGGUUGUACUUGAACAACCAAGAGCAUGAGCACCUGCUAAACCUCCUAGCUGGGCUAACCAAACUUCCCUCAAAGUUGCACAUUUUGGAUUUAUGCCACAACGGUUUGUCAGAGCAAGCCAUCCAGCAUUUAGAUUUCCCUGCCAGCUUGAAAAGACUACACGUGCAUAAUAAUAAGUUUGAAAACUACCGAAAGUGGUGGAUAGAAACUGAGCUUACAUGCCCAUGGAUAUCGUAUUUUGAAAGCCAUAUGUGUCGGUCCCAUUAUGAUAGAUAUCAUUGACUGAUCGAAGGGAGAUUACUGUUAAAAGGUAAAAUAUAGACGGGGGGGUCUAGUUCCUAACAUGCUAACGACCAGGAGCGGUAUCAUCAAGAUAAGAUGCCUGGAGGGUAUAAUCCCGAAAUAUCAUCAGAGGGCAUCUUCCAACGACACCUUUAGAGUUUAAUGGCCCUUUUAAUACAUAAACGAAG